UAGAAAAGGACGCGAUCGACGACGGAAGGGCGACCAGUUUAGUUGUUUUAUGCUAGAGACUAUGGCUGAUGUAAACGAUUCUAGUUUAGUGUUCUUUAUGAAGGCAACACCGGCACAGUGGGAUUAUGCACUGUCUCUUUACAAAGAAGUUUUAAAACUGAAAGCUGCUAAGAGAACGACGAAGAAAGGACCUGAAGAAUUAAUCAACCUGGAUACUUGGUAUCAGGAACAACUACAAAAAAUAAUUCUCUCUAGAAAAGACCCACAUAUUAUCCUUGAAGAGUUGAUACAAAUAACAAAAUGGAAGUUAAUUAGGGGAAAAUUUCGACCUCGUCUGAUGGACUUGGUUAAGAUCAACACAGAAACUGCUGUGAAAAAGACUAGUAAAAAGGCCUUUCGAAAGCUCCCUAAAAUUUCUGAUGCUAUCACAGCUCUCACAACAUUAAAAGGAGUUGGUCCAGCCACUGCUUCAGCCAUUUUAUCAGCCGGUUACCCAGAACAAGUUGCAUUCAUGGCUGAUGAAAGUAUGCUUUCCACACCAGGAGUUGAGGCUACUGACUACACUUUGGCAGAGUAUUUAAACUAUCAUGAACAGAUCAAGAACUGUUCUGAAAGACUGAAUAAGAAGAAUCCAGAAGGAAAAUGGACUCCCCACAAGGUGGAGCUUACUCUAUGGACUCACUAUCUGGCUCGGGAAAUGAAACCUUCUCUUUUAGAAGGAAUGCCAAAAGCAGAUUUAGAAAAGGAUCCCAUUGCUCCAAAUGGUAAAUCCAACAGUCUUGAGCACAAUAAACAACCAGAUGAUGAAACAUCAACUGAUGCUGUCACAGAAAAAGAACGGGAUGAUAAUUCUAAAGAGUUAGGAGAUUAUAGUCAUGAUUUAAAGGUGUCAUCAUCUCAUACAGUUGGUACUGGUCUAGUGAAGUCGGAAGAUUCAAACCUUGACAGCUCUUUGUUAAGUGAAGGUACUGAAGAAAAGAUCAAGAACAAUGAAAUAGAAGUACCUGAAGAACCCGCUAGUAAAAAAGUACGGGUUCAAUAGUAGUAAUAGUACUAGUAGUAUCAUACAGCAACUAAUGUGGCUGGAAUAUGUUUUAGUAAUUUACUUUACUUUUUUUAAGUUUUUAUCCUAGUGUUGGAAGAUUCUUGUAAAAAAACAACAAUGCAAAAGUCUACCCAGAGACUGGCUCUAUUUUUCUAUCCUUUCUUUUAGUCAGAAUCCUUGACCAAUGAUUUUGAUGGGCUAGUAUACCCUUGUGUAAAGAUUUUUAAUUUUUAUAAGGUUAAGCUAAUUUAAAUAUAUUAUUUUCCAAAAAAUGGUAUUUAUAAUUUGAAAUGUAAAAACUCUUAUGUUAUGUAGUGGAUUUAUUAUUCUUCUGUAAUGUCUGUCUUUUUUGUUAUUUGAUAGAUGCUAGUUUAGAAAAAGAAAACUAUUUUUUCUGAGAAUCAUCUUUUCACUGGACAUUUGUUAAUGUUAUAGGCCAUAAGUGUUCCUUAUAAACAUUUGAUUGGGGAUUUGCAGAAAUCAGUUGAAUUGCCAGUUUCAUCUAAGGCAUUCCCAUACUAUCUUUUAAGGAUUAAAGUGGCACAUUCCUUAUUUUCAUUUUUUUUCUGAUUUCCAUAUGUCUUUGGUUUUAUGUUUCAUUAUUCAUUUGUAGAAUUACAAGUAUGAAUGUUGUUCAUAAUAAUUCGUUCCUGGAAAAACAGAAUUAAAACCACAACUUCAGUUUGUACCUGUAGAUGAGGGUGGUCUUUUAUUCCCAUGUACCAAAGAGAAAGCCUGUAAUAAAGGAUCUCAUUGAAGAAA